GUCGUAUUCAGAAGGUUGCUAGGGACAGUCGCUCACAUGAAAAUAUAAACCAACAGUACGCCAGAGGAAUAAUAUUUUUUUUAUCUGUGACCGAAAAUAAUAAUCCGCCAAUAUAAUCUUUUUUCUCCUGGCAAUUGCAGCUGUCAUUGUGGACGUAAUUUUUGUCAGAUUUCGUCCGUGAAAAUUUGGAAAAAAGGAAAUUGUUUAGAAAUUCUAGAAAUCUACGUGGAAAAAAUUAAAACAUUAUUUAUACAUUUAUUACAUACUAUAAUAAUGGAAAACGAUAUUAAGCCUUACAAAAUAUGCGACGUCAAUCGAGACAAAAAAAAGGGUAUUGUGGCUUCAUCUCUCGAGGACUUGUUAACAAAAGUGCCGGAAAAAUUAGGUUUACCAUCGGAAAAUUUAACAGUCGUGUUGGAAUUAGAUGGAACGGAAGUUGAUGAUGAAGAAUACUUCUCUACGUUGGACCCGGACACAUCACUUAUGAUUUUGCAUGGUAACGAAAAAUGGGCACCAAACAUGCCCAAAUGCCAAGUGUCCCUAGACCAGACCGACGACGUUGCUCUAGGUGAUAAAGGACAGGUAGCAAGCCUUGUAGGUCGGCUGCAACAUAAUCUCUGCCACAUAUCUUUGCUUGGUGGCCAAGACUUGGAGUUAUUGUCAGAUAUGGAUCCAGACAGUUUAGCUGAUAUAGUCACAGACAGAGAUAACCGAAUAAUUUUGGAACACAUCAAGGAAGCUUCAGGGAGGAUAUUACUUGAAAAACGUCAAGCGCAAGAUGCUAUGGAAUUAUUAAAACUAUAUCAUCAGAGUGUAGCCAAUGGUACUGAGGAUGUAUCGUCACCUAAACAGGAGAGAGUGUAGAACAUCACCCACCAGGUGCAGUGGUAACUUAAACAAACCCUCAAUUUGUUUUUAAGGGAUGGUACAUCUCAAAAGUUUACAAAUUACUUUGAUGUACAUUCAUAAGUUCCCAAUAUAUGUUAUUUCUUCUCUACCUUCCAACAGUGGGUUUAGGUAUAAUGUAUUCUAUGAUAUUUUAACCUUGUCCACAAUUCAGUAAUAUUGUCUUAACAAGUUGACUGUGGUAUCAAAAAAUAAACUAUUAACCAGUGUGGCACACCACACACCCAGUAUGUUGUCCUAUACUGGUGUUUUGGCUACUCUAUGCGAGUGAGUGAGACAGUCUUAGGUAAUUUUUUUUCAAUGCUCCAGUUGUGUGCAAGCCACACAACCAUUGUACCCAAAAGAACACCACUGUUGUGUUAGGUGCAGUAAAUGUACUAAUAUAACGGAUUAUGGUCAGACUAUAAAAUUAUUGAGCCUAUAUAAAUGUAGGUGAGAAAGAAUAAUAAAUAAAGAAAAUCAUUUAAAAAUAGAACUUGGAUAAACAUAGUUAAUAUUAUUUUGCAUUCUGAUACUGUAUGAUAAUCAGAUUUUGUUUUCUUUGAUAAAUGGGUAUUAUAAUUGAAACUGCUUUUUUUAAUAAUAUUUGUGCAAAGAAUUUAGUUUAUUUGCUGUUAUGCUGACUUAUUGAGGGCAUAAUUAAAAUAAUAUUGGAUCUCAUUUGUAUAAGUAUGAUAUCAGACAGAUAAACUGACCUAUUUGUAAUGUUAGUAAAGUUUAAGCAAAUAGAAGAGGACAUAAUGUAGCUGUUAGAAAUAAAACGCUAAUCUUAUGAAUUUGAGCUGAAAUUGAAAAUAAUAUUAACAAAACAUUGUAAGUGGACAGUAUUUAGUCACUUUAUGUAUAUAAUUAAGUACUUAGUGUAAUAUUUAGUCAGUUACACAAUGUUAACCCAUUGUUUUUUACUUUAAGAUGUUAGAUGGCAGAAAGAAAUCUCUCUUUCAAGAAAACCAUUAUUUGUCUAGUUGUUUCUAUUCAUAAUUAUUAUUACUGCUAUGGCUUAUACUUCCCUACAGCCUUAAAUAAGUCAUCACCAAGUUACAUACAUAAUAUUUUGCCAUAGUUAAUUUCUUUACACAUGGAAAGGUAUCUAACAAUAUAAUCCAUCCCUAUUUUUAUCUCAAAACUACAUAAUAUUCAGAAUGUGCUUGCUGCUCAUUUGAUAAUAAAGCACUAAAUUAAUAAGUUAUAUAACACCAUGCACUCACAGAUUUUCUUCUUUUAACUUAGGACAAAAUUAGGCUCAUUUGCUUGUCUAUUAUAGACUGCAAGUAUUGUAUUAGUUAUGUGAAGGGAAGUGGCUGAAUUGCAUGUGGUUAUUGUCACUGUAGUGAUUAAAUAAGACAUUGCUCUAUAUAUACUGUAUGUCUUUAAAAUAAUCUGACAAUAGAUAUGCUAACUUGUAUAAGCAUUUAUGGCCUUUGUAUUUUUAAUUUUGUAAACUUUUGAGAGACAAAUUGCCACAAGGUUGAUAAUCAACAUCAAUUCAAAAGACUGAUAGUUGGUAAACAUUUUUUUUUUAUAUAGUUUUACCCUAGUAUAAGAUUUAUUCAUUUAAUUCCAAAUUUGCUCAAACAUUUUACAAAUAUUUAAUAAGUUUCCCCAUGUUUAAACCCACUGCCAAGUCAACAAAACUAGAAAAAUUAUACUUUAUCAAUUUAUCUCAUAAUGGUAAUAAUACUACAAAAAUUGUAUAAUAACCAGAGUUACAAUUCUGUUAGUGUACAUUUUUCUGCUUAUAUAAACUCUAUGUAUGUGUGAUGCCAAAUGGUGGUGAAGUUGUAAGCAGGGUUAAGACGUUAUAUAAAGAACAAAAAAAGAAUGUAAGAAAACACUUUUGGUUUAGAAAAUCUUAAACAUUCAAAUACUUUUAGAAUAUUAAAAUAUCCCUAGAGUAAGUAUUUUAAUCCCAGAGACUAAAGUGACGAUUUCUGCAUGUAGGAACUUUAGUUUAAAUCAAAAAUUAUUCAUCAUAAUACCAAGUAUAAAAAUUAAACAAAAGGUGUACAAUAGCCAAUUCCUUUCUAGUAUAUGUGUCAGAUUAAUCUCUGGGACUCAAACACUAACUGUAGUCUUACUAAUCUUUCAAGUUAUAAUCACCGUAAUAAAUUAUAAUCACAUUUUUAGUUGGAAUAAUUAUAUUGGCAUUUGUCAGUAAAGAAAUUAGAAUUAUUGUAUUCCACAUAUAGGCAAAUUUCUGUUUAAAAAAAAAACAAAAAAUCUAAUAAAAACUGUAGUGCACCAGCUUUCUUGUAAAGCUCUGAAUUUUUUAUUCACUUAAAGUAUUGUACAGUUCUAAGAGUGCUAACAUAUUUUUUGUGUGCAUUUUAUACAUUAUUGUUUUCAAGUAUCGCAAUUUUGUUAGUUAUGUAGCAUGUUGUGUUGCUAUAAAAACUAAUAAUAUUGUAAUAUAAUUCACAUUUCCCAUGCAGUCAGUUAUGAAAAUCAGUGUUAAAUAUAAGUAAUAGACAGUAAGUAAUGCAUAUGAAAAACAACACCAAAUAGAUAUUAUAUACUUUCAUAAUGAAAUUAUUAAUUUAUAUUGUAAUUAGUAUAAAUAGCUGCCAUAUAAUUUUUCUUAUGGAAGAAUAUAUUUUGCUCAUGAAAGAGCAACAUAAUUUGGGUGAUACAUUUUUGUACUUUCUUUUUAUUGCUUUUGUAUCUCUAGAUAUAUCCAUAAUUAUGAAAUUACAACCAAAUAUUGGAAAUAAAGUAAGCACAUUAUACAAGCUACCUUCUCACAGAAAUUUAAUUAUUCCAUUUAUUCCAAUGCCUAUUUAACUUGGAAUUGGAGGAUUUCUACAUAUGUAAUAGAGGAAUUGAAUUAUAACUUUUGAUUUUACUAUGCACAAAUAAAAAAAGUUAAAAUGAA